AUGAGUUGGAAGAGCAAAGUUUGGACCGUCGUGGGCAGUGUAGCAGCUGUGGAGGAGUUGAAGGAUAGAAAUUUGUGUAGGCUCAAUUCUUCCAUGAAAUCCUUGCACCACCAUCAUGCCAUUAACAACAUGGCCUCCUCCUCGAAGCCUACUCAAUUGGGAAGAGCAGCAGCAGCAGCACCAGCACCAGCACCACCUCCACCAGCAACUACAGCUUCAAAAAUUGAUUCAAAGAAGAAAUGCAAGCAGGCGAAAAGGCUAAAUCCAUCAGAAGAAUCACUUAGAACUGUUAUGUACUUGAGCUGUUGGGGUCCCAGCUAA